AUGUCUUUUGUGAUUGGUGCGCAAUUCGAGAUGGCUUUCCAAAAGUAUUGGAGAAGAAUGGACGGAUAUAGGCGUGCACACUCUAUUCCCGAGGGUGCCGAAAGGCAAUAUAUUGCUGAAACAAUUGCUCCAAGAGAGAUACCCGAGGGUGGUUUAAUAUGUUUUGCUUGUUGGGUACAUACUCGGCGUACAAUACAACAACAAGGAAUCAUAGCAGCUCCUGCUGUUAUGAAUAUGAAUGCAUGUGUAUGGUGCCGACGGUCUCUUGCCCAAACACGCAGCCACUCCAUACCUGAAGGACCUGAACGGACCAUAAUAACACAAACGAUAUAUCCAAGAGAGAUUCCACCAGGAGGACUGGUUUGCUAUGCUUGUUGGGUAGCAGCACGUAGAAAUGUGGAGCAUGCUACAAGGGUUGAGGAUAACCGGCAAGGCCCAUCUAAUCUUCACCAAGACUCUAUGUGUGCAUGGUGUAGAAUGUCGCUACACCGAAGGCGAACACAUGUGGCUAGUGGUCCUGUGAGAGAUGAAGUUGCAGCAAGAAUUUACCCCAAUGAGUUACCAGAACAUGCGCUACUUUGUUCCAACUGCUGGACACGUGCACACGAAAAUAUAGAAAUGGAGCAAGAAGUUGUGCAAUUUGAUAUCCAGCCACCAAGUGCAUCAAUAACACUUGAUGGUUUUACACACACAACACAGACAAGUACUCAUUGUUUUGUGCCGGCCUGUAACAAUGUAGAACGAAAUAGAGUGCCGGAAUACUUAAGAAGAAUUAUAUUAAAAUCGGAAAAAAUAUUUGUGACAGAAAAUGCAAGAGUAUGUAAUGAACAUAAAUGUUUAUACAACUGGGAGUUUCUGGACCAGCAUCAGUUCUCAAAUACAUUUACAAAAAAUGAAAUAGAGUCAAUGCUGAAGCUGAGUAUCCAGGACAAUGAAAUAAAUCAACUAGAUUUUAAUAAUAUGAGUAGUAUUGAUGAGGGACUCUUUAAGUUCUGGACUGGAAUUACAAAAGACAAUUUUAUAAAUAUUUUAAAUGUAAUAAGCCCAGCAUUGACUUGCAAAAACCAAAAAAUUGCUUUGGGAAUCUAUUUGGUGAAAGCUCGUACAGGGGACUCCCAUGAAAGGAUUGCCUCUCUGUUUCAUCUGACCAAGUCCUCAAUAACACGAUUGCUUAGAGUAGCUAAAGAGGCAUUGCUAAGGUUAUUUGUGCCUCUCCACUUAGGAAUCAAUCAUACAAGAAAUGAUUUAAUAAAUAGGAAUUUAUUAAUACCCGAGGAUGAGAACGGUAGUCCAGACACCGCUUUCAAUAUGGCGUCGAUAAACUCAAAUGGCGAUUUGAAAAGUCUAGGUGAUCCUCCAGACAAGACGGUCGCAGAAGCUGAUGCUGAGAAGCAACCACUGUCAGGAGUAAGUAAUUUCAUUCUCAGUAGUUAUUGUAUAUUUAUAUUUACGACUUGCUGUUUUCUGCGAGGUGAUUUGAAAAGUCUAGGUGAUCCUCCAGACAAGACGGUCGCAGAAGCUGAUGCUGAGAAGCAACCACUGUCAGGAAAAAAAGAGGAAAGAUGGUGGAACACGUUGAUGCAAGUGGCCGUCCCAUUUUUCAUAGCUGGCUGCGGCACAAUAGGAGCUGGUUUAGUUCUUGGAAGCGUAAGGAACUGGGAGGUGUUCAUGAACGUGUCUGCAAUAUUCGUGCUGGUGCCGUCCUUGUCUGGUUUAAAGGGUAACCUGGACAUGUGCCUUGCGUCACGGCUAUCAACGCAAGCUAAUCUUGGCAAUAUGAAAACGCCGCGGGAGUUCAUAUCCAUGGUCGUUGGAAAUAUAUCACUAGUACAGGUGCAAGCUAUAGUGGCCGCGACGGUUGUAUCGAUGUUUGCAAUAACGGUGAACGCCAUCACAGACAGGGCGUUCAACGGAAGCUACGUGCUGCUCCUAAUUGCCUCCGCAGUCUUCACCGCCACUACUACUUGCUUCGUAUUAGAUUUCGUGAUGGUGCUAGUGAUAUUUGGAUCGCAGAAGUUCAAAGUGAAUCCGGAUAACGUGGCGACACCGCUAGCAGCGUCCAUCGGAGAUAUUGUCAGCAACUCCGUACUUGCCGUUACGGCGCAGUAUAUGUACGAACAGAUAAAGAUAUCACUCUGGCAGCCCAUAGCGCUUAUGUGCGUCUAUUACAGCCUACUUCCGGUCUGGGUUUUCAUCGUGUGGAGGAACAAGUACACGAAGAAGGUGCUCACCACUGGCUGGACUCCAGUUAUAUCCGCGCUGUUCAUUAGCGGUAUCGGUGGAAUAGUCCUCGAUCAGGCUGUGGAACAUUAUCCAGGGUACGAAGUGUUCCAGCCGAUUGUAAAUGGUAUUGGCGGAAAUCUCGUUUGCGUCCAAUCAUCGCGUCUUGCCACAAAGCUUCACCAAACGGCCAUUCUUGGAAUUUUGCCCGAGAACACGAGGAUAGUGGAAUGGCCUUGGAGGACACUGUUCUUUGGAACUGCCGCGGCAAAAGUGGCACGAAUGUUGCUCGUGCUUGGAAUGUGUGGACAGGUCAUAUUCAUGAUCGUCGCCGACUUCAUGUACCAGGGCUUCGUCAGUCUCCAGUUUGCUUUUGGACUCACAUACGUUAUCUGUUCUAUGCUACAGGUCAUGAUGCUCCUGUAUUUAGCUUAUAUGAUGAUCCAUUUCAUGUGGAAGAGGAAGAAGGAUCCAGACAACGCGGCCAUUCCAUAUUUGACGGCGUUAGGGGAUCUAUUAGGCUCAGUGUUCCUAGGUCUUGCCUUUGUAAUACUCUCUAUGUUUGGAAUGCAAUACGGUAACAAUGUAUCCGGUACUUAA